AUGAAUUUACUUCUCUUAUCAUUACCAUCAAAUAAUAUUAUACUGUCGCCACCUGCUAUCAUUUUUAUUGUGGAAGCUAAUGCGGCUUCAUUCGCAGUCAACAUUAAAGNUUCACUUGCGAUUAUUUUUACAAAUUUUGCUAUUGCUAAUGUUUCUCUUUUUCGUGAUCAUUCAUUGAUACGAGCUUGGCUUCAUACAGUUGAUCGUAAUGGUGGUAUAUAUCGUUAUCGAUGGGGUGAUGCACCAAUUCAUACAUUAGUUCUAACUCAAUUCCUUGCAAAAAAUCAUAUUGUACGUCUUAGAUAUUUUGGAUAUAUGCAUCGGUAUGAAUAUGUUUGUGCUGAUGGUAUAGAAGACGAUUUAUGUAAAGCACAAAUAAAACCGUUUUUAAUAGAUCGUGACAGUAAAUAUGACCAUUGUCAAGAUGGAUGCUAUCCUUCUUCUCGAAAUCCAUUAUGUCACUAUUAUCCAGAAAUAAAACUAUGA